GAACUACACCAUAUAACGAGUGGCCUGACCGCCGCACAUCAACUUAUCGUCAUGCUGCGCCGCGCUCUUCGCUCUCGUGCUGCUUUCGUGCGCCCUCAGGCGACACGUGCCUUCGCUAAGAAGGCGGACGCGUCCAAGCAGGUGCUGCGUCCCAUCCACUUCGAGCACGACGAGGAUGACACUGCCGAGCGACCGUUCCGCAUCGUAGGCGUACGCGACCUCGAAGUGCAGGACUGGGAGUACCCUACGCGUGUGGAAUCGGACCAGAAGAACAAGAACCGCGUUCUACGCAACCGCUUCGGCCACCCCAACUUCAUCAGUCUGUGGGUAGACAAGCUGAACGAGGUGGAGGGUUACCUCAAGCAGGAGAAGGUACCGUACACGAGCGAGGGUGUCGUCAAGGGCCCCGAGGGCCACGAUGUGCUGGUCAUCCCGCCCAGCGAUGACGGCAGCGUCGAGUUCUUCAACCUGUGCGACAACCCCACCAUGGUGGAGCUGGUACAGGCCACCCCCGAGAUCAUCAAGGAGUUCGAGGAGGACAACGAAGAGGACGAGGAGUAGACUACCAGGUUAGAAUGGACAAGAGCUCAGGUCGCUGCUUUAAUACAUAGUAUUUGGUUCGGUCUCUUGAUAAAAAAGCUAUGCUAACACUCGUAACUUCUCUCCGCUCUAAGUUGACAGCUAACAAUUUGGAAUC